AUGUCAAAACGAAAGAAAAAUGAUCCUACUCCUGAUAAGGAAGAAGAUGACGAGGACCAACCAGUACAAGAUAAACGUCGUCCAGAAAAACAACAACAGAAAGUUUAUGAUUUUCAUAAAAAAACAAUUGAAGUUUAUCCGGAACGUUUACGUGAAUUAAAUCGGCAGUUUCUCGCAUCUCUAUCCACGCAAAUAACCACCGAACCAUACAGUGUUCUUGUUGGCAAUUGUCUUGAUUAUGUUCGACAGUAUUUUAAUUAUGAAGAAGAUUUACUCAAAUAUUCACCAUGGCUUGCGUCAAGACUUAAACAAUCUCGUUCAGAUAUUACAAAAUCUUUAACAGAAACAAUUGAUAUCUAUGAAGCACUUGCACGCAAUGAUUUCGAUUGUAUUUUGGAUAAAACGAAUAUUGAAACAUCAUCAGCAGAUGAUUCUGUAGUGAACAAAACUAAUAGUUAUACACCACUAAGUACGCCACCAAUACAAAAUCGUCCAUCUGCUCCUCUUCCUGCUGUUUCAGCAGCAGUAACAACAUCAGCUGCAAGUUCACCACUGUCAUUGUUCAGUUUCACAAUGCCAGCAGCCACUACUACUCCAAGCGUUACUGAAUCAACACCAACAACUGGUUUUACUUUUAAGUUAGCGUCAUCAUCUGUAACACCAGAUAAAGCAACGAGCACCUCACCAUUUUCUUUUUCAUUACCAAAUACAGGAUUCGGAACGUCCACAUUCGGUUCAACAAAUUUUUCGGCGACGCCAACUACAGAAAAAACAGCAACAACUAGUUUAACAUCGAGAAUCAGUUUUGUUCCACCGAAAAGUUUAUUUGCACCUCCACCACCAGCAGCUAGUGCAGAAGCAACAGGCGAUGAUCCAGAGGAAUCAAGCGAACCACCUGAACCAGAAAAAGUUCAACAUGAAUCUGAUGCUAAAUUUACAUAUAGAUGUCGAAUGGGAGUGAAUAAAAGUGGUAAAUUAGUAAAACGUGGUCCUGUACAAGUUACAGUCAAAGAAAUUGGUGAAAAACGUCAAAUGAUUAUUCGAUCGGAUGAUACACUUGGUCGAUUAUUUUUGAAUAUCGUAUGGUCAAAAAACAUUGAAGUAAAAAAAAAUUCGACGAAAGAUCUCACAUUUGUCUGCCAACUCAAUCCGGGCAUGACAGAAAUCAAAGAAGGCGAGUUCGUUAUGAUACUGCUAAGAUUUGACAAUGAAACUGAACGCAAUGAAGCAUGUGAAAAUCUUGCCAAAGAACGAGCAUAA